UGUUUGCACCACCAGGUCUCUUUGGGUCCCAGAGCAGGUGUGAGUGCUACAGGAGCACAUUUGCCCUCCAUUCAGCUUUUCUGGUGCGGAAGUAUGAUAAAGAACAAUAAGAAACUAAAUUCCCAAGAUGGCUCAACAAAUGCUAUCACAAGUAACAAUGUCAACAAACAGGCCAAUAGCCUGGCUCUCUUCUCCCAACCAAAUGCCCCAAAUAGCUUUUCAUUGUUCUUGGAAAGUUGUGUGCCCCCUGUUGCAUUGAGGCAUUUUGGGAGUCUGCCGCUUUUAGGCCCUGUCUCCCUCCAGCCGGCACAGAUAAAGACUCAGUUGGCACUGCACCAGCUGAAUGCAAUUGCUGGCACAAGCGUCACUCCGCCUGCAAUUGCUUCACCUGCUUUGACCUUGCUCAACUUGCUUAAGGUCACCAUGUCACAUCCAUUAUAUAAUCCCCGUGGAAGGCCGUUCCACAGUGGUCAGAGACCCGUUGUGCCUGGCCAAUAUGGUCUUGGGUCACAGCCUCGAAUGGAUCUGGGGGCAGCCCGUCUUGGCCCAGGUUCCAUAUCCAGUUCUCGCGGAGGAUUGAUGGUCAACCAGCCCUUCUCACUGGGACAACGCCAGUCGCAGAUUUCCCCAGAUCUCGAAGCCGCCAUAGAUCGGAACCUUCGGGGAGCCCGUGAGGAAGUUCGCCUUCUCACUCAAAUGCUCCAGCAACCCAAAAAAGCAGAUCCCCGUAUGAGAGAGGAUGCAAGGGAUGAAGUGAUUUCCUCCGGGAGCGGCUUUUCAGGGACUUCGCGAUCUGAUGAGGUGGACUGGUCCAUAUACCAAUCCCCAGGCAAGCUCUUUGCAUCUUCAGGUUUGGAUCGUCCUUCCAGUUCUUCACAGCUAUUCCAGUCAACGGGAUUUGGUGGAGGAUCAAGUGGUUUGGACAGCCAGCGACCACCAGGACAGCGGCCUUCACGCUACACCUCUGAAAGUGCCAGCAGCAUCCUAGCAAGUUUUGGACUUUCCAAUGAGGACCUAGAACUUCUAAGCCACUAUCCAGAUGAUAAGCUGACCCCUGACAACCUACCGUUUAUUUUACGAGACAUCCGAAUGCGUAAAGCGAAGAGGGACGUUGAUGCGAGAUCUGAAUACAGCAAAGUUAUUGACUAUGGACAUUCUAGUAAAUUUGGCUAUCCUGAGGAGAGCCCGGAUGGCUAUGCAAGUGAACACCUGCCUAAAGAGUCACCAAAGUAUGUGAGGAAGGUCUCUGGACCACCCUUCAGUGGCAUGGACAUCACAAAGCAUCCUCAGCCGUGUCAACCAGCUCCAGGCCCUGUACAAGUUCCAAAGCUUCAGAAACCUCUACUAGUAGAUCCGAGACCCACUAAGAAGAUUCCAGCGAGACCAUCUGCUUCCCAGCCUAUUCUGCCACCUUCCAGUCGACCUCCUUCGCAGAUUCCACCUCAACUUGGUGUUCUUCCUUUGAUGACCAUUAAUACUAUCACCGGAGGUCCGAAUGCUAACUGGAUCCCGUUCCUUUCACCUCCAAUCAGCCUGCCCGCCACGAAGAGGCUUCCAACUCCGACCAUGAUGAACGAUUACUCCGCAGCUACUCCAAGAAUCUUUCCUCAUACAUGCUCUCUAUGUAACAUUGAAUGUAUCCAGAUUAAGGACUGGCUUGAACAUCAGAACACAAAUCUUCACAUUGAGAGUUGUAGACGUCUUAGGCAACUAUAUCCUGACUGGAAUGUUGAGGCUGUCUCUGUUACAAGACCUGAGCCCAAAUCAGACCACAGCAGCUCAAAGCGGCGCACCCGAUCGCACUCGUACUCCAGAUCCCCCAGCCCGAAGCGGCACCAUGACUCCUCAAGCCGUCGUAAACGAUCGCGUUCACGCUCCCACUCCCCCUCCCGAAGCCCUAGAAGGUACCGGCGUUCCAGAAGUCACAGCCGGUCCCCCCAUAGGAAAACUCGAGUCAGUCCUUACAGACGGAGGUCCCGUAGUCCACCAUCUCAACGGUCAAGGUCUCCAGUUUACAGUAGGCGCUCUCCUGUACGCCGUUCAAGCCCCCGUCGGAGCAGCCCCUCCCGUCAGCAGAGAUCUAGCAGUAGUGAACGACUGGCCAUGAAACUCAUGUCUUCAACUGAGCUUUCCUCUAUCACAGACAGUAAUACUUUGAAGGCUGUGGUGAAAUCCUUGGCACCAGCCCUGCUUGCUGAGCUAGCAAAGAAGAAAAGUAGUUCCACUACUUCCUCAUCAAAGGGAUGCAGCAGUAGUUGGAAACGGUCUUCCCCUCCUAAGAGAGCUGAGUACUCCAAGUCAAGCAGAACCUCCACCUCAAAGUCCUCCAGCACUCCAAAGCCAAGAGCCAAGGAUGCCCCUGGCACAUCUUGUUUGUUGAGGCUCAUGCGAAUUCCUUUUGGGACUACAAGCAAAGAACUGACUGAUGCCAUUGAACCUUUUGGCAAGAUUUAUACUGCCAUCCUCCUCAAGGCGAUUAAUGAGGCCUCAGUGUGUAUGGAGAGAGAGGAGGAUGCCAAAGCUUUGCUCAACUGUAAGAACCUGACAAUUCAUGGACAGGUUAUUAAUGUCUGCAUGGAGAAGGAUGCAAGAAAUGAUGAUGGGAGAAAAUCUGUUAAGACCGAAAAACCUGUUAAGAAAAAAGAGGUGACUACAACAAAACCAACCCAAUCAGCAAAAGUAAAGAGUGCAAACCCAGUGAAGGCACCUCAGUCAGCUAAAGCUAAAGAGGCGACAGGUUCUAAGACGUCUCAAUUAACCAAGGGAAAAUCCAGUGUCCCCAAAAAGACUGUACAGACAGCUAAAGCUAAACUCCCUGCUAAAGGUUCAGAGACAGCAGUUGUUGCCAAGAAGUUAGUAAAGAAGGAAAUACCCUGGAGAAAAAAUAUAGUUGAGAUUACGAAUCUUCCAGAGGAAGGGGUUACUGAGGAUGACCUCACCAACCUUGCUAAACCAUAUGGCUUCGUUGCAACUCCUGUCAUAGCAUUCAUUCAACAAAAGGCCUAUCUGCAGAUGCCCAACACAGAGGCAGUUGAAGCAAUGGUGAAGGCCUACUCGGAGACACCAGCUAAAGUGCAAGACAAAGAGAUUACCAUCAAGAUGAUGAUGCAACCUAUCGACCUGAACUACACUGAGUCAGUAUUCAGAGUGCUUGUGGGCAUGGAGAAAUCGCCUGAAAUCAUUACUUUGCCAGAACGCCUUCUCAUUGUUAAUAAUGUGCCAAAAACACUUGGGGCAAUCAAGGAAGUAGAGACCAUAAUUCAACGCUAUGGUGGCUUCAAGAAAGUUUUGCCUCUAAAUGGCAAGAUUAUUUUUGAAAUGGAGAGUGUUGCUAACGCCAGGACUAUCUUCAGUCGCUUCCUCAAGUUUCGUUGUGUGGUCCAGAACAAUACCCUUAACUUCCAACUAGCCAAACCACUCAAGCUAAAAAAGAAGCCAGUAGCAAAAGGAGCAAACCCUCCUGGUACAACAGCAGCGACAAUAAAAAAACGUAAUACCGUCAAAGCCCAGAAGCCAGUGGCUGCAGCAACAGCUUCUGCUGCAUCUACUGCAGAUCCACCUGUCACAAAAGACAAAGCUCCAAAAACAGCUGCUAUUAUUGUGGCUAAAGCAGAGGAAAGUGUUGUUUCAAGCAAAAGUUUGAAAGAAAGUGUUGGUGAAGAAAAGGUGAAUGCUGAUACAGCUGCAACUAAAAUUUCUGCAGUUCCCAAAGACCUUACUGUUGAUGUGUCUGCUAAUGCGGAAACAGCUACUCCUGAGAAUAAAGCAAAGAAGGAUACCCAAGCUGUUAAUGAAACUGUCAUGGAGACCCUUGAGACUGAAACUCUGAAAAAAGAGCAUGAAGCUGGAUCCUCAGUUCCCACGACAGAAUCUGAGAGUGAGAACAAGGAGCUUGAAGUUGAAUCCUCUGUUCACGCUUCGGAAUCUGUCAUUUCAGUUCAAUCUGAGAACAAGCAGCUUGAAACUGGAUCCUCUGUUCCCUCUUCAGAAUCUGCCGUUUCAGCUGAGUCUGGGAAAGCAGAGCUUAAAUUUGAAUCAUCUGUCUCUGCUUCAGAAUCUGCCAUUUCAGUUGAAUCUCCAAACACAGAGCAUGAAUUGGGAUCCUCUGUUCCCGCUACAGAAUCUGGAAAAACAGAGCUUAAAGUUGCAUCCGCUGUUUCCACUUCAGAAUCUGAAGUUUCAGUUGAGUCUGGGAAAACAAAGCCUGAUAUUGCAUCCUCAGCUCCCUCAGGAGAAUCUGCUGUUUCAGUGGAGUCUGCAAAAGCAGAGCAUGAAUUGGCUUCCUUAGAAACUUCCAUUUUAACAGACACAACUGAUCAGACAGGGAUUUCGUUCAAGAUAAAUGAUCAGAAUGUGCUGCAGGCUGAAGAUGUUCCCAAAGAAUUGGUUCCUACAUCUGUGGAAGAAAGCAAAAUUGACAAUGAAAAGUUAGAAGAUGACGAUAAUGUUGAGUCCAAGUCACAAAUGGAGAUUGUUGCUUCAACUGUUAGCAGUGAGGAAACUGCAGAAGAGGCCAUGGAGACCCAGAGUCCAGAAGAACCUACCAAAGGCACUGAUGUCAGAGAGAAAGUUUUGGAAACACAUGAGCUCAAGAUAGAAAAUGAGGGCCAGGGCAAUGACUUGAGACCAACUGAACCUUUAGAGAUGGACAUCAAUCCUCAGUCUAAUAAUCAAACCGAACCUGCUGAAGAGCAUGUCCCUGCAGUUGUUGCAUCUGACUCCAUUCCACCCUUUGAUCCUGCUUCUGACCUACCCUCCACUUCUGAUCAAACUGUCAGUAAUUCUUCUGUCACAGUUACAUGUGCCUCAAACAGUCCUCAAACGGUGCUUGAGCCCUUCCAGAUUGACGACAAUUCUCUGGACUUUCCUCCGGUUACGCAGGAGAUUUUGAAGGCCCUUGAAUUAGCUGUCCAUCAGUGUCGCUUACAGUCUUCAUUAAAACGUGCUGAAGAAGAAGCCAAACAGAAGGCAGAGAUGGAGAAAAAAGCUGCAGAGAAGAAAACCACAAAAGAUCCAUCAAGCUCAAAGAAGCCUGCUCAAGCGACCAAGAAGUCCACUCAAGCUGAGAGCAAAAAGAUUCCGGCCGAGAAAGAGAAAAAGUCUCAGAACUCUGGGUCCAGGAGCAAGCCUGUGGACACCUCAUCCCCAGAGAAAGAGCCAACAUCUAGGCACAGGAGCAGGGGUAAUUCUGAAGAAGAUGGCCCUACCACCAGGCGUGGGGGAUCUUCUGGGUCCUUCUCCUCCCGGAGGAGCAGGCGGAAUUCCAGCCCUCCAUCAAAGCGCUCAAGGGGGCAUGAUGUUGAUCGCAGGAGUCAUAGUAAAAACUCACAGCCUUCAAGGGGUCACUCAAAAACAAGGACAGCUGAAAAGGAAAAAGAGGAGGAACCGUUUCCAUUUAACAUUGAUGAGUUUGUGACCGUUGAUGAAGUCGGGGAUGAUGCAGAGGACACUGCGGUCUCAAAUACUGAGUCUUCAGCCAAGGACGAGAAGAUCCAGGAUAAACCCGAUUCCCACUCCAUAGUCUCUCCUAUUGCAGAGUCUGGUCCAGCUGAUAAACCAAACCAAAUAACUGACACGAUAAUUGCUUCUGAGAUAGGAAAACCAGAAGUUAUUGGAUGUGUGGAUAAAAUGGAAGCCAAGACUGAAGAAACCACACCAGCUGCAGAAGUUGUUGCAUCUCCAAAACCAGAAGAGCAAGAGCUUCAGGAAGAGAGUGCUGAUAAACCGCUUGGAACUGAAAGGAUGGAAACUGCCGUUGUUAAGAACGAGACAACAGAGCCUUGUACUGUAGCAGAAACCGCUUCAGCAGAGAUGGACAACAAUGCUGAGACCCUUUUAACCAUGAAAGAACACCAUGACAUUGGGGCCUUGGAUGAAUUUGAGCCAAGUCAGUCAGUUUCUUCCUCUCCUUCACAGAAGGAAGGCUGUCCACCAACUUCUGCAGAAACUUUAGAGAAAUCAGAAGAUGUCCAUCCCGAGGAGCCUGAAACCUCUGCCCCAGUGAUGGACAAUAAAGAUGAGGCAACUGUAAUCUCUGACAUUCCAUCCCAUGAUGCAAUGGUCACUCUUGAUGAGGUCAGUGAGGGUGAGGAAGAUUUUCUUGAUGAAACAAAUGAAGAACAGCAUUCGAAGGCUGAUGAAGUGCCUGAGACACUUUUAACGGUUGAUGAGGUUGGAGAUGAUGAAACGGGGGGUGAAGAAUACCAGUUGGACAAAGAACUUCAAGGUCUAGUCACAUUGGAUGAGAUUGUUGAUGAAGAGGAGGAGUUUGAUUCAUUCAAUCCUGAGACUCUUGUAACCCUGGAUGAGGCCAAGGGUGACGAUGAGGAGAUUGAGGAAGUGGAGCAUAGUGAAGACAAGCCAAGCACCACAACACCAGUCAUACCAGAGGAGCUGGUGAAAUCACCAAGCCAAGAAGAGGAUGCCUGUGACUUUGAAGAACUCCGCAAGAUGAACUUUGUAACUGUGGACGAAGUAGGGGAGGAGGAAGAGGAACAACCACCCAGUGAAGAUGUCAAAGAGGAGAAACAAGUUAAAAAGAGAGCUACAAGGGCCAAAAAGAGAGCACGCCAGACCCCAGUGAGGAGAUCCACAAGAAGUAAAAGAGGGGCGACAAAGAGUGCUGAAGAAGCAGAGGAGCCCGAGACAAAUGCGGAGUGUGAACCAGAGGCAGCUGCUUCCAUAAGUGAGAGUCCUCCUGCAGCUGUAGAAUCCUUGGUUCUUGAUGUUAAGCCAGAACCGCAAAAGGCUGAAACCUUAAAAGUUCCAGAUUCAUCGGCUGCAGUGGUCACUGCAGAGGUCUCUUCAGGGUCAGAAGAGGACAAGACGAGAGCUAAAGAUGAUGGCAACUCUGCAAAGUCAGAAAGUGAUACUGUUGACACACCAGUCUCUGACAGAAAAUCCACAAUCAAAGAAGAGUCCAAGCAAAGGCGGGAGACGGAGCCGACACAGGAACCAGAGGCUAAGAAGGCCCACUCUCAUUCCCCUGUGAUUGAAGACUUCACCUUGCCCCCGUUUAACCCAGACAAUCCCAUUGGGGUUGACUUUGUGGUGCCCAAGACGGGUUUCUUCUGCAGACUCUGCUCUUUAUUCUAUGGCAAUGAGGAAACUGCUAAGAAAAGUCAUUGUAGUAGCCUAAAGCAUUACCAGAACAUGGAGAAAUACUGCAAGAAGCUCAAGUCUCAAAAGCAGGGUGGCUGCUCAACACAGACAAUGCCCAGUCAUGGUUCUGCUUCUGAAUAGCCCCUAUGAAGAGUUUUUUUCCUUUGUAUUAAUGUUAACAGAUGGGUCCAGUUGUUUUGUUGUAAAGGUUUAUUAUUAUUUUUAUUUUUAUUGUUUAGAAUGAAAUGCAUUGGCUCAUGCUCAAUAAAGAUUACAUAUAAUCAGA